CGCUUUUGAGAGGAGCUGAUGUGCAGAGCAGAAAGGCUGGGCCUGCCGCCUCCCCCCCCCCCGCCCCCAGCGUGUGGAGCCUUUGCGGACAGACCUUCCAUGCGCAGGGUGAGGGGGGUUUCUUGGGGGCCUAGGCAGCAGCAUGCACAAUGCUCUGAAGUCCACACGCCCCGCCUGACCUUGCCAGAAAUGUUCAAAACCUGACACAUAGUUGAAAAGACUCAUUUUGAAUUGGAAAAUUUAAAAAGCUUUAAAGAGACUUAGAAUUCCCCCAUUGGAAUUAGAAAAAAAAUAUCUGGCUUUCCUUUUGUCUCACUGUUUUUUUCAAAUUCUGAGAGGUGAUACUUUUCCUGUUGGACUGCAGCCCACACAGACUUUCUGUCCUCUCUGCAACUUCACACGGAGGCAGCCAGUGAAGAAAAAAAUGAAGAGCGGCUGCUGUGUUGGAGCAGGCUUUCCCCCUCGGAGAGGAGGAGGAGAAAUAGUUCCCUUUUUCUGCUCUGCUUCCUCCGUCCUGACUCCCAACAGGAAGCCACAGUCAGAAACCAGUUCCGGGCAUCUUAUGCUGGUCUGAGAACAGAGGUUGGAGCCCGUCUGGGAUUUUGCCUCUGCACUUCCUCCAUUCAAAAGAGGCCAAAGAAGCCUCAAGCCCCCGAUCAUAGUGGCAGCCUCAGCAAUAUUGCAAGUAGCUACAGCCGUGGUGGGAAGGCCACAGGCAGCAUCUCCCCUUCCCCUCCCCAGCUUUUAAAUCAACCCCACCUAGGAGGCGAGAAGGCCCUUUGCUGGGCAGCGGAGGGAUGUCUGCUCCUCUUAGGAACCCUUUGCUUUUCAUUGCAAGCGACACGGAACAAUAUUGAGAUGGUUUCAUCUGGAAGGAACCCCAGAGGCCUUCUAGUCCAACCCAAGGCAGGAGCCGUACGCCAUCCCAGUCAAAUGGUUCUCUGCUCUGAGGGCUCCUUGGUGCUCACUAAGCUUGCUUGUUUUCUUGCAGAUGCUUCAUUACCCAAACUAGGUUAACGUCAUUGGUUGUCCCGGGAGCCAAUGUGGGGUCUCAGCUCUUGAGUUUUUGGACUUCAUUCCAGAGCAGAUGUCCAAAUUUGCCCCAAAGUGUGGCUGUAGGGUAGCCUGUAGGACGGAGGAGGAGAAGCCCCCGAGGAUGCCCACGUGCUGGAGUUGCAAAGACUGUUAAGUCUGGAGAUCUGAAUUUGUUUGCUUUUUUUUUUUUAAUUUGGUCUUCCAAGUCACGCUAGAUUUGAAGUAAUCGUAGCCAUCAUCUUUAGUUGUUUAAAAGAAUUGCAAAUAUCCUAUUUUUUAGUUUUCAUUCUUUUUUUUUUGUGAAACAUCAAAAAAGAUACUCUAGUGUCUAUGCAGCAAAAAAACCUGCAUAUGUUAUGGUGGUUAAACAGAAUGAGCAAGAAAAAAAAUAGCUCUCUAGUGUCAUUAUAAGAUUCCAGUCCUGAAACUCACCAUUAUAUCUGGCCUAAAUCGACCCCAUUGCUCUCUACUUAUUUUAGAAUGUAAAGCAGCAGUGGUAAUGAACACAUCUGCUAUCCUUUCCUUAGCUCCAAAAGAGUCAUCGCUUAUAUAAACUCAUCCCAUCGUCCAAAGCCCUUCGUAGCAUCGCGGGUUCCGUGCUGCUUUGUCCUCUUCAACGGCUCCCCCGUUUCUCUGUGUUAACACGCUCAGAGGUGAAGCCAAAAGGGGACCAAACCACAGGAGACGAGAGAACCUUCCGGUCUCUUGCAAUUCCAGCACGUGGGAAAAAGUCCUUGACUUACAGCCGUUCGUCUAGUGACUGCUCUCAGUUACAACAGCACUGAAGGAAUUGACUUACGACUGCUUUUCACACAGCCAGCCGUUGCAGCUUGGCAACUGGCAUGUAUUUAUGACGGAUGCUGUGUCCCGGGAUCAUUGAGUCGAGGACUGCCUGUGUUUCCUGGUCUCGGUUCCAUAGAAAACGGGAUCCUUGGUAUCUGCUCCAAUGCAGCAACUCUUCCACUCCCAGAGUUCCAGGGAUCCGUUCUUGGGAUAUCGACCUGACCGCCUGCAACCUUGAUCAGCAGCUCAAGCUCUUCGUCUCCCGCCACUCUGCGACUUUUUCAGAUAUAGUGAAAGGCCAGCGUGCCCUCCACCAUCGUGGCGAUGUGCUGGAAACCUUAGUGUUGCUGAACCCUUCAGACAAAUCCAUCUGUGACGAGCUCCGUAACCUGAUCACCGACCCUUCGCGCCACAAGCUGCUGAUCUUUGCCGGGCCCUGCAUUGAGGAGACGGGAGAGCUGGUGCUGCAGAUGGGCUCCUUCUCCUUGCGAGACUUCAUCCAGGUCUUUGCGGACAAAGAGGUUGGGGAGCUGCUCAGCUCGGCCGACCCCUCUGCUAAAGCCAGCUUGACCGUGAUCUGCCCAGACUUCGGGGAAUGGAAGGACCCUCGCCUCAGCCAGCACAACCUCUUGGACUUCAUAGACCUGCACUUCAACCCUGGCUGCGUGCUGCCCCAGAUGGAAGGCUUGCAGGAGUUCAUGGAGUACCUUUCGGAGUCCCUGGAGCCCCUGUCCCCCUUUGACCUCCUGGAGCCCCCUAGCACGGUCGGCUUCCUGAAGCUCUCCAAGCCCUGCUGCUAUAUCUUCCCUGGGGGGCGAGGUGACUCAGCCUUCUUCGCAGUCAACGGCUUCAACCUCCUAGUGAAUGGGGGGUCCAACCCUCGGUCCUCCUUCUGGAAACUGGUGCGCCACCUGGACCGUAUCGACUCCAUCUUGGUGACCCACGUGGGGACCGACAGUCUGCCUGGAGUGAACAGCCUGCUCCAGCGGAAGCUGGCCGAAAUGGAGGAGGACCCUUCCUCCCAGUGUCCCCAGGUGGACGACUGGGUGAAGAACCUCAUCUCGCCAGAGCUGGGGGUGGUCUUCCUCAACGCCUCGGAGAAGCUGAAGGACAUCGAAGGGGAUUCCGGCGUCUUGAAGAGCUGCGACGAGGCCAGUCUGACUCUGCAGUACCUGCACAAACUGGGCAUUCGGCCCAAGCCGCUUUCCAGGGAAGCCGCUCCCAGGACGGAGCCCACCAUCCUCUUUCAGAAGAUGGGUGUAGGGCGCCUGGAGAUGUAUGUGCUGCACCCGGUGAAGGGCAGCCGGGAGCUGGAGUUCCUGAUGCAGCAGUGGCAUGGGAAUGGACACCCCAAGGGGCUGGAGCUGCCCCUGCAGUGCGUGACCUCCAUCUGCGCGCUCCUUAUCUGGCACCCGGUGAGCCCCACCGAAAAAAUCGUCCGGGUCUUGUUCCCAGGCUGCACUCCCCAGGCCAGGAUCUUAGAAGGGCUGGAGAAGGUCAAGCAUUUGGAGUUCCUCAAGCACCCUGUGGUCACUCAGAAGGACAUGGACUCUUUCUCCAUCUCCCAAGCCAAGCACAAGAGGGCAGAGAGUCAGGAGAGUCUCAAGUCCAGCUCUCGGCUCAGCCUGACCGAAUCCAAGGAGAAGAAGGAGACAAAGCUGACCGGUGCCAGGGACCGGCCCAGGGCGCCUAGCGAGGCCUCCAAGGGCAGUGUUGAGGAGGAAAAGGCCAGGGGGGCCCAGCUGAAGACGGAGCCCUCGGUGGAGAAGAGCAGGCAGGAUGCGAGGCCCAAGCAGCAGAAGGAGAAGCCGGGGGCCAAGAAAGAGGGGAAGAAGGCGCUGCCGAAGGAAGAGGCUCCUCAGGAGAAGGAGGUGGCCAGGAAAGAGGGGAGGCUGCCCAGGAGGGAGCCAGCCAAGAGAGAGGAGACCAAGAAGGAGGGGAAGCUGGAGGACAAGGCAGCCAAACUGCCCACAAGAGAGCUGCGGAGGAUGCCAAGUGCAGAGGUGAAAAGGCCGGCCACCAAAGCGGGCACUUUCAAAAAGAUGAUUCCUGCUCCGAAAAAGGAGCUGGAGAGGCCAAAGAGCAAGUUGCUGAAGGAGACCCCCGGGAAGCCCCCGAGUGGCACCAAAGGCGGCCUCUCGGAGGGGUCUAAGCCCUCAUCCUCAGAGAAGGACAUGCAGGAGAAGCUGCGCAGGGGCUCCCGCCAGGCGGGGAUGGCAGAGCAGGUGCCGGGUCAGCCCGGCGCCCUGGGCAACAGCCAGCUGAGGCCUUCCCCGUUAGGCAGCGUGGACUGCCAAGGGAACGGCCCGGAGCCCGCCCAGAACGGCCUGGGCACAGAGGGGGGCCCAGAGAGCCCUCAGCCUUUCCGGCAUCUGGAAGCCGGCUCGCCUUUGAAAUGGAUUGGGCCCCCCUCCCCACUGGUCAAGACUCCCAAGAGCGACCAGAGCAUCAACCUGGAACUGUCCCCCACUGACCUUCAGCCCCGGCUCAACCACUGCCCGGACAUGGAGGAUGCUGGCGGCAGCUCUGAAGAAAAGACCCUGGAGAUGAUGUCCCCGGCCAGCGCGGGGCGCACCCCUUCCCACCACUCCCCCAUGGAGGACAUGGCCAUGGAGGAGGAGCCCGUGGCCCUCGGCAAUCCCUGGAGGCCCGAUGGCACCAUCCCUGGUCCCCGAGCCUCGCACGACAACUCUAGCUCUUCCCAGGAGAAGCCCUCCAGCUGCCUCUCCCCGAGCCUCUUUCGGGACGACCUCCACGAUGUGUCCCCCACGCUCACUACACCCUCGCUGCCAGCCGAAGUGGGCUCCCCCCACUCCACCGAGGUAGACGAAUCGCUCUCGAUCUCCUUUGAGCAGCUCCUGCCGCCUGUGAGUGAGUUCCCCCAGGAGGAAGGAGAGGGCAUGCAGGCUGGGGGGCUCACCCCAGACCCCGAGCCCACAUUAGGGAAGAGCGGGAUGUCCUUGCCCAUCCUCUCCUGUCACCCCCAGCGCCUGGAUGGCCGGGUCCUGCCCAGAUCCGGCCGGCGGUCGGAUUCCCCCCACGACGUGGAUCUCUGCCUGGUGUCCCCUUGUGAGUUUGAGCACCCCAAGUCGGACAGGUCCCCCUCGGCCAACUUCAGCCCCCGGGACAUGUCCAACAGCAGUGACUUCUCCCAGGAACUGGCUAAGCCCCCAUCGCACAGGAAGGGCCCCCGAGCCCGCCGGUCCCACCCUCUGCUAGACGAGACCCCGCCGACGUCCUUCAGCGAAUCUCUCCCCACCCUCUCCGACUCAGACGCCCCACCUGCCAUGGAAGAAUGCCUUUCUCUCACGGCCGACGGCGGACUGGAUUCGGACGAUGACCCAGAGAGCCUAGCCCAGGCCCGUGACCCGCUCCCGGCUGUCCUGAAAGACCCCUGCCCUCUCCCUGCCCAGCCGGGCAUCUGCAUGGUGGAUCCCGAGAGAGAAGGGGCCGCCAAAGCCAAGCGAGCCUCAUCGCGGGGGGGUUCGGCCCCUCCCAAAGCAGAUGCCCUCAAAGCCGCUGCUCCCAAUGCCCGGGCGAAGCCUUCCUCAGCCAGCGUGGGGGAGAGAGCCCGGCUGCCGGCCCCCGGCAGAAGCGACCCCCCAAACUCUCGUGCUAGCGGGGACAACCGGUUGGCCUUCACCCAACGGAACGCAAAUGCCUGGCCUCUCCCGGGGGGAGGAAGAGCCACCCCAGCAGGGGCCCGUCCCAGCCUGCCACGGUGCCCAGUCUACCUGGAGCUGGCCUACCUGCCAGGCUCGGCCAGCGCCCAGAAGGUGGACGAGGACUUUUUCCGCUGCGUCCGCUCCCAGUGCUACGUCAUCAGCGGGGAGGACCACCUGAAGGAGAGCGUCCUGCGGGGCAUCCUGGACGCCCUGCUCUCGGGGAAGCAGCACUGGGCCCACGACACCCAGGUGACCCUCAUCCCGACCUUUGACUCGCUGGUCAUGCACGAGUGGUACAUGGAGACGCUGGAGCGGCGGCAGGAGCUGGGCGUGACUGUCCUGGGCAGUAACAGCACCGUGGCCAUGCAGGACGAGACCUUCCCUGCCUGCAAAGUGGAGUUCUGAGCAGGACCGGAACUGAGGCGGGGGGGGGUGUCUCCUGCUCCCUCCACCUUGAUGGGCCAGUUGGUGCGGGAAGAGGCGCCCCCUUCCAAAGCUGUGCUUCAUUCCAAAAGAGCCCUCUGCCUUCUGGGGCUUGUGGGUGGGGAGGGGGGGCACCAGAGGCGCUUUGCGUGCCCCUUGGAGAAUUGCAUCCCGCCUCCCCAUUUGUCUGGUUUGUUUGCAUGUUCACCACCACAGCUUCUCCCCAGCCCAGGGAGGGAGGGAUGUGGGGGGGAACAAGAGAGGCCGGGCUGUGACUCCCCCCUCCCCCCGUGGCGUGGUUGGGGGGCUGCUUCUCCUCUCUCCCCACCCCCACCCCCUUUGAUGUGGGACUAGGUGCCUCCCCGCCUGGAGCAGCCCUUCCUUUGUCUCUGGGAAGAGUCCAGUUGUUCAGGCGGCCGGACAGCACAGGGUCCAGUGAGAGUAUCUUGUGCUGGCCCUUCCUCCCCCCCCCCCCCCCCCCCCCUGGCUCUGCCUCCCUCCGCCCACAGAGAGCUGUGGGGUGGCAGGUGAUCCUUUUGGGCCUCCCCUGAGGAGAAGCGAGUGCGAUUUUGGGGGUCUCCGGCCUUCCUGAAGCUUGCAGAGGAGCGGCUUUGCGUCUGGCUCUUUCCUGGGGAGGCUGGGUGUGUGUGUGUCAAACAGUCCCAGUUCACCCCCCCCUCCCCCCCCUUCAGCCUCCCACUCCAGACCUCUUCUACCUCUUUAUGUUCAAAACCUUGGAGGGUUGGGCAGUUUUUCUGGAGGCUUCAGCCACAAAGGCCCAAAUCCAGCACAUGGCGCCUCCUCCGGGGCCUUUGUGCAGCUCUGGAAAGACCCCCCCUCCUUUUAACGUUUGAAGGAAAGUUGGGGGAAAUAAGCCCCUUGCAAUGUGACACUAAAUCUUUCGUUUUCUAAGGAAGGAAAUGUGGUUUUUUUAAUGCGUUUUUAUAUUUUUUUUCUAAAAAAAAACCCCACCCAAACUUACCAUAUGGAAGGUUUAUAAUUUAUAGGAUGGUCCCCUGUGUGGGAGGUUGGGUGGGCCUGCCCUUUUGCUUGUCCUCUCCCCCCACCCCCAUAUUUCCUCCUGCCUCUGGGGUCAGCCCUGUCUUUUGUAUCAGCAUGAUGUGUGUCUAGAAGUAUUUGGGGGUGGGGGGUGGGGAACGUUUUCACCACUUUUGUAUGGAAGCCUGGCAGAGGAGGGCGGGGGAAGGGGAGGGCUGGCUGGCCACCUGGGGGUCCCCCUCUCCCUGGCCUCAGCCGACCUGUCCUCUCCCAGCUGUAGGGAAAAAAGGAUGUGGUUGUUGUAGCCAUUACACAGUUAACCCCGUGAUACACAAAUGUUAUGUUUGUACACACACAAAUGCACACCUGUGUUGAACUCUAUUAAACCAUUAAAAGAAGUACAUAGCUCAA